AAUCAUCACUACAACAAAAAGCGAAGUCGAGAGGCAAAAAACGGAGUAGAAGUGCAAAAAUCAUGGACUACAGCGCAAUUCUGGAUUUUGGAGAUAACCCUGCCACAGAUGUAGACACAAAACUGAAGAUCUUAAAGUUCAAUUAUUCAUGGGUCGAUGCUGUGGAGGAGGAAGAGAGACGUGUGGAGGAGGAGCAAAAGCAGAAAAUAGAGAAGAAAAAGUUGGAAAAAGAAAUUCUAGAGAAGAAAAAUGACAACACACAUGACAUCAGAGUUGCAACACCUUUAGAUUUUGGACAUGAGGCAGUGAAAAACUGGGAAACAAAGCUCCAGAUACUCAAGUUUAGUUAUAGUUGGGCAGAUCAGGUUGAAAAAGAAGAAAAAGCAGCAAUUCAGGAGGCAAAACCUGCAGAGAAAAGAGUUCCAAAGGAGGAAAAUGAAACAAAUAAUAGAAGCUUUGGAAAAACCCUGACAAAAGAUGAAGCAAACUUUCUUUUGGAGGGAAAUAAAAACUCUCCUAGGGGGAGGCUAAAAGCUUUCAUAAGAAAGCGUAAAGAAGAAGAAGCCAAGGCCUGUAUCAAGGAGGAAAACAAAACAAAGACUUCUAGAAAUGGUGGAACCCUGAUAAAAGACCAGGCCAUUGCAAAAAAGUCUCCAAGGGGAAAACUAACAGCAUUUAUCAAAAAACGCAAAGAAAGGGAACUUGCAAAGGCCUUGAUUGAAAGAGAAAACAUAAAGAAAGUACAGGCUGCUGAUUCCACAAAACAAAAAGAUGCAGUGGAUACGAAAAAGGCAUUAGAUCAAGAAGCAUUUGGAGAUGAGAAGGAAUCCCUUGUUCCAGAGACUCCAACGGAUGUGAAGAAAGAUAGCCAUACACUGGAAGAGCUCUUGAUGGAUGAAACAAUAGCAACACCAAUUGGAGAUACCGAAGUCUUAGAAGUCAACAAGGAUCUAAAGAUAACACUUGAGCUUUUGAAUAAGGAUGAUGAUAAGUUUGGUGAUGAUGAAGAUGACAAUGCUGAUGAUGAUGAUGACUGCUUAUUUGGGCCAAGAAAACUAUUCUUCUUUGGCAUAGAUUAUUUUAAGGAUUCUGGAAAAGCUGUGUGGCCAAAGGAAGCAAGAGCGAAAGAAUGCAACAGAUAAAACAAUGAAACUAC